AUGGUGACGAUCCUGAGCACGGUGGAGGCGCAGGCUCCCAGCACCGCGGGGCCAUCGGGCUGUGGCCCUGUCCCCGUCCCUGUCCCGGUGGUGGCCGUGCCAGGCCCGGGGGUGGCGGCGGCGCUGCCCAACGGGGCCCCCCCGGGUCCCCCUCCGGUGACCGAUGACAGCAAAACCAACCUGAUCGUCAACUACCUGCCACAGUCCAUGAGCCAGGAGGAGCUGAGGAGCCUCUUCGGGAGCCUCGGGGACAUCGAGUCCUGCAAGCUCGUCCGGGACAAGGUCACCGGACAAAGCCUGGGCUAUGGCUUCGUCAACUACGUGGAGGCCGGCGAUGCCGACAGAGCCAUCGGGGCCCUCAACGGCCUCAAGCUGCAGACCAAGACCAUCAAGGUGUCCUACGCCCGGCCCAGCUCGGCGUCCAUCCGCGACGCCAACCUGUACGUGAGCGGCCUGCCCAAGGCCAUGGGGCAGAAGGAGAUGGAGCAGCUCUUCUCCCAGUACGGCCGGAUCAUCACGUCCCGGAUCCUCGUGGAUCAGGUCACAGGUGUGUCGCGGGGGGUGGGCUUCAUCCGCUUCGACAAGCGCGUGGAGGCCGAGGAGGCCGUGCGGGGGCUGCACGGGCAGAAGCCCCUCGGGGCGGCCGAGCCCAUCACGGUCAAGUUCGCCAACACCCCCGGGCAGAAAUCGGGGGGGGCCCUGCUGAGCCUCUCCCCCGGAGCCCGGCGCUACGGGACCCUGCACCCCCCAGCACAGCGCUUCCGACUGGACAAUUUGCUGAACGUGGCGUACGGGGUGAAGAGGUUCUCACCGUUGGCCAUCGAGGCGGUGCCGGCGCUGGCCGGGGUGGGCUUGGGGACCCCCGGCCCGGGCUGGUGCAUCUUCGUCUACAACCUGGCCCCGGAGGCGGACGAGAGCGUCCUGUGGCAGCUCUUCGGGCCCUUCGGCGCCGUCACCAACGUCAAGGUCAUCCGCGACUUCGCCACCAACAAGUGCAAAGGCUUCGGCUUCGUCACCAUGACCAACUACGAGGAGGCGGCCAUGGCCAUCGCCAGCCUCAACGGCUACCGCCUGGGCGACCGCGUGCUCCAGGUGUCCUUCAAGACCACCAAGCAGCACAAGGCCUGA